AUGUCAUGCAAAACUGGAAGGAGGACUCCUUCUUUGGCUCUCAGUUUCUGAACGGCCUCAACCCCAUGAUGAUCAGACGCAUCGAAUCUCUGCCUGACAAGUUUCCUGUCAAAAACCACAUGGUCUUCCCAGAUGGUAACGACACCCUGGGAUCUGAAAUGGAGAAAGGAAACAUUUUCCUGUGUGACUACAGUAUCCUGGAUGGAGUGGAAGCAAACACCAUCAAUGACAAGCAGCAGUACCUGACUGCUCCCCUGGUUCUGCUCCACAAGAACCACAAUGAUGAAAUGAUGCCCAUCGCUAUUCAGCUGAAGCAGAAACCCGGAGAGGACAACCCCAUCUUUCUUCCCUCUGACUCUGAGCUGGACUGGCUGUUGGCAAAGCUGUAUGUGAGAAGUGCAGAUUUCAACCUGCAUGAGCUCAACUCUCACCUGCUGCGCACUCACCUGCUGGCUGAGGUCUUUGCCGUUGCUCUAAAGAGAAACUUACCCAGAGUUCAUCCUGUUUUCAAGAUCCUCAUCCGUCACACACGCUACACUCUGCAGAUCAACCUCAACGCUCGACAGAGUCUCAUCUCUGAGAAUGGAGUUUUCACCAAAUUUACAGCUUCUGGUGGAAAUGGUAUGGUCACCAUCCUGGAGAGAUCUCUCUCCAACCUCACCUACAAGUCUCUCUGCAUACCUGACGACAUCAAGGAGCGAGGUCUGGAAGAUGUGAAAAACUUCCACUACAGAGAUGAUGGACUGAAGCUGUGGGACAUCAUGCACAGCUUUGUGAAGGAUACUCUCAGCUACUACUAUAAGGACGACAGCGACGUUGAAAAUGACAAGGAACUGCAGGAAUGGAUCCAGGAAAUCUUUGAACAUGGAUUUCUGAGUAAAACAGGAACUGGAAUCCCACAGAAAUUUAAAACUAAACAGGAGCUGUUCAAGUUUGUUACCAUGGUGAUGUUCACCUGCUCUGCCCAGCAUGCAGCUGUGAACUCUGGACAGUUGGACUUUUAUGGCUGGAUGCCCAACGGCCCCUCCACCAUGGAGGAGCCCCCACCCACCAAAAAGAACACUGUGGAUGAGGCCACCAUCCUGAAGACACUCCCUGACAUGGAAACAAUAGUGAAAGGCAUGGAAACUGUCUAUGUGCUCAGCACACAGGCCUGUGACUCAAUCUCGCUUCCGGAUUUCAAACGGAAGUAUUUCACCGAAAACAUUCCUUGUGAAAACAUCCUCAAUUUCCAAAAGAACCUCAGAAAGUUGAGUAAAAAGAUCCAGAAAAGAAACGAAGGUCUGGAUCUGCCGUACACCUACCUGGACCCAGAAAAGGUGGAGAACAGUGUGAGCAUCUAGAGCAGGGGUGCCCAAACUUUUCUGCUCUAAAGGCCAAAAUCUAAAUGUGAUCCUGAACCGUGGGUCAAAUACAGCAUUGCAUGUCAUUAAUUAAAAGCAGAAAACAAAGAA